CUGUGUGCUCUUACCCAGCAGGGGGCAUCUGUUGCAUGGAUAUUCACUAAUACACAGCUAGGCCCAAAAGCAUUCAAUAAGCUUUAAUAUCCAGAUGUGGUGAUGUUGAUCAGAACCUAACGACGAUUGCACAGAAUGUAGACACAGACUCAGGCUCCUAUUGAAAGAGCAGCAUUGCAGAAGACCUGCUUUAGAACCAGUCUGAGCUAUCCAAAGGUUCACAAAACACUUAAUAUUGAGUAGGCUGUAUAUGUAACACUCACCUCCUGGGUUUGGUGUACUAUCCCAUGUAGUGGUACCGAGGCCACUUAGAGAAAGAGAUUGAGUUUGCUCUACAGCCUUAGCUAAUAGCCAUGUGGCUUUUAGCUCAUGCUGUAGAGGCUCACGCACUAAGCUCCAGAGGCCCUAGGUUCAAUCCUGGCAACUGGGAUCUGUUGGUGUUACAUAUACUAACACUCCUCUUUCUGACACCAUUUAGUUACUGAUGGGAGAUCAAGAUGUUAUUACGGAAGUCCCAGCAGCACUGAAACGGUUGGCCAAAUACAUGGUGCGUGGCUUCUAUGGGGUAGAGUACGCACUGGUCCUUGAUGUAUUGAUCCGAUACCCCUGUGUGAAGGAGGAUGACUUGUUGCUACUGCUCAAGUAUGAACGCAAACAGUUGCGCACUGUCCUCAACACACUCAAGGCAGAUAAAUUUGUCAAGCUGCGCAUGCGGGUUGAAACAGGGCCCAAUGGGAAGAGUACAAGGCAUAAUUACUACUACAUCAACUACAAGGUGCUGGUGGAUGUGGUGAAGUACAAACUGGAUCAUGUGCGCCGGAAGAUAGAGGCAGAUGAGCGGGAUUCAACUACUAGGUCCUCCUUCAAGUGUCCAUCUUGCUUCAGCACUUACACAGACCUGGAAGUAAAUCAGCUGUUUGACAUAUUCACAGAGACUUUCCGCUGCACCUACUGCAAUGCUGAAGUUGAGGAGGAUGCCUCUGCGCUUCCCAAACGAGAUGCUCGAACCUUGCUAGCAAAAUUUAACGAACAGAUCGAACCCAUCUUUGCACUGCUGCACGAGACUGAAGAUGUUGUUCUACCACAUGAUUUGCUUGAGCCUCAGCCAACAGAAAUUCCAGAGCUAUCAGAAAGCUUUGAACAGAAGGUGUGUUCAAGCAUCCUGGACUCCAGUACCCAUCCUGAGAAAUGGGCCAACAAGAAUUCAUCUGUCCCUAAUAUGUAUGUUCAAAACUUGGUCAUUGAUGUCCAAGAUUCUGAACCAAAGAAGAAAGGGAAGGAAAAAGUGACUAAAGAACAUCCUAUAUGGAUGACACAAAGUACUGUACAAGGAGCAUCUUCAUAUGCAACUGACUCCAGUAUUGAAACGUCCAAAGAAACUGAUGACUCUGUUAAGGAAGCUGUUCCUGAUAAUGAAGUAAUAAGGACUCUUCUCAUCCAUGAAUCUAAGUCUUCCUCUGGCACAGCUCAUCCCCCUCCUCUUGCCAAAAACAAACUGCUUGAGUCAGAAAGUGACACCAGUGAAUCAGAGGAGGAGGCCAAACAUGCAAAACCUGCGGUAGUUAAAGCAGCAGGGAGUGACUUGGAACAAGAGGAGCAGGAAACACUGGAUCCUACAGUAAUGGUUGCUGGACAGGCCCACUUGUACAGUGAAGUUAGUGCCAAUCCAGAUCUAGUGUCACUUAUGACAGACGAAGAGAGAGAAAUUUACAUUAAGGUGGGACAAGAAAUGUUCCAGUCUGUCUUUGAGUAAAUGCAUGAAUUAAAAAGCAGUUAUACUGCACAUGUAAAUUUUUUAGAUGUGCUGUGUGAAGUUCCUGUAGUAGCUUAACCUACAGUUGUUGCUGGGUGAAACACAUAUAAAGUUGAGGAUAUUUUUGUGAAGGUGGUGGUAUAGUCUAAAUUCUCUCCUUGGAGAGCUCGCUAUUUAAUUUUUACUUCUGUUGCUUCUCCAAAGCAACAACGUGAAGAUGUUGCAGAUAACCUUGGUUGUUUCCAUAUAGUUCCUGUUUGUGAAACAGUCCUAAAUUUUGUUUAAUAUGCUAAGUAUUGUAACGAAGAGACAAAAUGUAAUGCUUUAAUUACUUUAGAAGCAGGAAUCAUCUUGUCUGAUCAAUAAAUAAAUCACACCAGGACACAAUUGUCUGAGUGCUAAAAUAAAUGCCUAAAACCA